GCUAUUGUGGGCGUGAUGGCCAAGCGGACGUGUGGAUCACGGACCCGAUGGCACGACACGCCGGUCGUCAUGGACGUCGUGCGCUACAUGGCCUCUGCGCCCGAGGUCCUCGCCUUCUUGGGCGCGCUAUCAAUGCUCUCUGCGCCGCUGGCAGCGCUUCGGCGGCUGCUGCUCCGGGCCCAGCAACAGUGGCCCACACUCGCACUUGAUGCGCUCCCAGACAAUUGCAUUGAUCUCGCUCUCUCCACCUUGGCAACGUUCACGCAAGUGCGAUACACUGGAUUAAAGCCUUUCGACUUGGCGCAGUGGCCGCUGGCGCUGCCGCGAACAGUCCGCCUCGAGCUUUCCGUCCAUGACGCCGCGUCCUCUCUCAUCCUCGAUCGAUGGGCGAUGAGCGUCACGACGCUGCACAUCCAUGGUAGUGUCAUCAAGAACACCAUCGAAAUUGCGCGAGUUUGCUCUGCCUUGGAGCGCUGCACCAGCUUGACCCGCAUCGUCUUGAAGAAGAUGGUUGUGCCCGAUGUCGUCGGCGCCAUCGUCUCAUCUGCGCUCCGCGUGCGCAGCUUGGCCAUUCACACAGUGGCCUCGAGCGAGAGGGUGGCGCACGGCCCAGUGGUCGAUUGGCUGCGAUCACCAACUGCGACGACGCUAUGUUUGUCCUGUGGCACGACCGACGACGACGCCGUUCUGCGUGCGCUGGCCGCGUCACCGUCCCUCAAUCAUCUCGCACUGAGCUGUCGGUCGUCGCUGGGACGCGCGUUCUCAACUGCAUCCCACAGCGUGAACAAGCCGCCGCUGCAAUUGCAUCUCACGUCGCUCGAGCUGCAAGGUAUCAUGCCAACCACCAACAUGGCUUCGCUCCUUGGCCACGUGAACUUGAGUACGAUCCGAAAGGUCGUUUUUGCAUGUCAUACGCCGCGGGACCUCACGGACCUAUGGCAGCGACUGCACGCGUUUCCAGAGCUGGAAGAGAUUGCACUACACCGGUGUCGGCAGCGCCCACCGACGCGCGCGCUGCAACCCCAUUCUCGGCUUCGGCGCGUGAGCUUGGACCGCACCGUGAUCCCUCUGGAGCUCCUCGGAUGCUUUCUGAGCUGGCUUGGAGCUGCCCGCGGUCUGCAGGCGCUCGUGUGGACCAACAGCGCACUAAGCGUGGCCGCCGCAGGGAUGAUUGCCAAGGCUCUGCCACAUUUGAGGCAGCACGGCCUUGUCCAUGUAGACUUGUCGUCGAAUUUUUUUGACAACGGGGCGGCGGCGCGGCUUCUCACUGGCCUCUGCGACGCUUGCACGAAUGUGACGCGGCCACUGACGAUCCAUCUCGGAGGCAUGGCCCUCGACCGCGACCUGCUUUCACGGACGCUCCAGACGCACCAUCGCGUGACGCUAUGUAUGUAGGCUUGCCCAACAAGCGCAUCGUCUUGUUUUACAU